AUGUCAAUUCUUAUUACGGGGGCGGGCGGUUACGUCGGCCAGGAACUGGCAGCCGCACUACUCGAAUCGAAUCCCUCAAUCACCGUCACCCUCACGGACGUGGUGGCUCCUACGGUACCUACACAGCACGGCGACCGGGCGAGCAGCGUGGCAGCGGAUCUGACCUCACAUGCAGCGGUGGACGAGCUGAUCAACCCGGACAACCGGUACGAUGUCGUUUACCUGCUGCACGGGAUCAUGUCGUCCGGGUCCGAGGCCAACUUCGCGCUGGGGAUGGCCGUCAACCUGGACGCGACGCGGUACAUCCUCGACCGGCUGAAGGCGACGAUGGCGGGCGUGAAGGUGGUGUUCACCUCGUCGCUGGCCGUGUACGGACCCGCGCCGCGCGGGUUCGUAAUCGACGAGACCAACUUCCCGCCCGUGCCUUCGUCAUCGUACGGCUCGCAGAAACUCAUGACCGAGAUCCUUAUCAACGACUACUCGCGCCGUGGGUUUCUCGACGGCCGUUGCGUGCGUCUGCCGACGGUCACCGUCCGCGCGGGCAAGCCCACCCAGGCUGCCAGCAGCUUCGCCAGCGACAUCAUCCGCGAGCCCUUCCACGGCAAGAAAGCCAUCCUCCCCGUCGGCCGCGACACAGAGAUGUGGAUCUGCUCGCCGUACACUGUUGUCAGGAACCUGGUCCAUGCCAAGGAUAUCCCCAAGGAGGCCUUUGGCGAGUCCCGUUCCGUCAAUCUGCCCGGGUUGAAGGUCAGCGUGCAGGAGAUGUUGGACGCCUUGGAGGCGGUUGGAGGCAAGGAGCGACGGGCGCUGGUCGAGGAAAAGUAUGAUGCAGAUAUCGACCGGAUCGUGCAGUCGUGGACUCCCAACUUUGCCACGGCCCGGGCAACGAAGCUGGGUUUCGCAGAGGACGUUCCGAUGGUGGAGAAUAUUAAGAAGUUCGCCAGUCAGUUUACGUUCAUCAGUCUUGUCACAAUGGCUUCCCGGCGUCUUGCUUUGAACUUCAACCAGGCUCUGCGGAGUCGCAAUGCCAUCCAGAGUGUGAAGCGAGGCUUUGCCUCUCCGGUUGCCCUGCCGAGCACCACCCAGUCGACCACCCUGUCCAAUGGCUUCACGAUCGCUACUGAGCACUCCCCGUGGGCCCAGACGUCCACCGUCGGCGUGUGGAUCGAUGCUGGUAGCCGGUCAGAGACUGACAAGACCAACGGCACGGCGCACUUCCUCGAGCACCUGGCCUUCAAGGGCACCAACAAACGCUCCCAGCACCAGCUCGAGCUCGAGAUCGAGAACAUGGGCGCUCACCUGAACGCCUACACCUCGAGAGAAAACACCGUCUACUACGCCAAGUCGUUCAAUGCCGAUGUUCCCAAGGCCGUCGAUAUCCUCGCCGAUAUCCUUCAGAACUCCAAGCUGGAGCCCUCGGCUAUCGAGCGCGAGCGUGACGUGAUCCUGCGCGAGCAGGAGGAGGUGGACAAGCAGCUCGAGGAGGUUGUGUUCGACCACCUGCACGCGACUGCCUACCAGAACCAGCCCCUUGGUCGUACCAUCCUUGGUCCUAAGGAGAACAUCCAGACCAUCUCCCGCGAGAACCUGACCGACUACAUCCAGACCAACUACACCGCCGACCGCAUGGUUCUCGUCGGUGCCGGUGGUAUCCCCCACGCGGAGCUCGUCAAGCUCGCCGAGGAGCACUUUGGCGGCCUCCCCAGCAAGCCUCCCACGACCGCCGCCCAGGCCCUCACUGUCGAGCAGAAGCGCGCCCCCGAGUUCAUCGGUUCCGAAGUGAGACUGCGCGACGACACCAUCCCCACCGCCCACAUCGCCCUGGCCGUCGAGGGUGUCAGCUGGAAGGAUGAUGACUACUUCACCGCCCUCGUCACCCAGGCCAUCGUCGGCAACUGGGACCGUGCCAUGGGUAACUCGCCGUAUCUGGGCAGCAAGCUCAGCUCGCUCGUCAACCACCACAAGUUGGCCAACAGCUUCAUGAGCUUCUCUACCAGCUACAGCGACACUGGUCUCUGGGGUAUCUACCUCACCACUGAGAACCUGACCAACAUCGACGACCUCGUCCACUUCACCCUUACCGAGUGGUCCCGCCUGUCCUUCAACGUUACCGAGUCCGAGGUUGAGCGCGCCAAGGCUCAGCUCAAGGCUUCGAUCCUGCUCUCCCUCGACGGCACUACUGCCGUCGCCGAGGACAUUGGCCGCCAGAUCAUCACCACUGGCCGCCGCCUCAGCCCCGAGGAUGUUGAGCUUGCCGUCGGUCGCAUCACCAACAAGGACGUCAUGGACUUUGCUUCUCGCAAGCUGUGGGAUCAGGACAUCGCCAUCAGUGCCGUCGGCAGCAUCGAGGGUCUCUUCGACUACCAGCGUAUCCGCGCCAACAUGAGCCGCAACGCCGCAUAAACUCUUCCCCUGUAGUCCUCCCUCCAUCUUGAGUUUCUCGCCGCCCCCCGCAACUGAUUUCCUUUGUCUCUCCUGUGUUCCCCCUUUUUUUUUUCUUGCGAGUGGUUAAUAGAUCGAUGACGAUGAUGUGGUGGUAGUCGCAGAGAUCAGCGUGUCUUGUACAGUAUCCACUGUCCACUGAUAUAAAACUGUAUUAUUGAUCUAUUUUUCUGUAGCAUAAAAAG